CUCUCCUGCAGCGCUAUGCCCUUCUUGUCAAGGCCAGAGGGUGGUCGGUGGAGGUCGUGUCGGAGCCGAUUGCCGAGGGGUUCUGGGGACUUGUUUCAGAUCUAAGGGGAAGGCUUUUGCCCAGUUUCCUAUGCUCCAGCAUGGCAGAUGAUGACCAUGCUUCUGGAAAGGGACCUUGUGCAUUCUCAUUCAAGAAAGGAAAGCAGAAAUUCAGAGCCAGGAAGAGGCAGGCAUCAGAUGAGCACAGCAGUGAUGACGAUACAAAGGUUUUGAAAAUUGAGAAGAAGACUGCUAGAAAUCCGAUGUUUCAGACGUCCAAAACUGCGAAGGCCGCCGGGACACCGAGGGGUGAGGUGGACAAUGCCUCUUCAAGUGAUGAGGACAAGGUGGGAGUAUCCUAUAGGUCGAAGCGGACGGCGGCGCGCGAGGGCCCGCAUGACAUGGGCGCCACGGCCACGGUCGAGAUCGACACGGAGCGCGACCGCGACGACCAGGCCAUCUUCGAGCGCGCCAUGGCCGUCAACAAGGAACUGGAGGGCAAGGCGGACGACAAGGUGUACCGGGGCCAGGCGAACUACGCCCAGUACAUCUCCAAGCGCGACACGCCGCAGGGCAACGCGAGCAGCGGCGGCGUGCGGCACGGCCCCAUCCGCGCGCCCUCCAACAUCCGAUCCACCGUUCGCUGGGACUACGCGCCCGACAUCUGCAAGGACUUCAAGGAGACGGGCUUCUGCGGCUUCGGAGACUCCUGCAUCUUCAUGCACGACCGCACCGACUACAAGUUUGGCUGGCAGCUGGAGCGGGAGAUGGACAACAACACGUACGGCGCCAGCAACGACGAGAACUACGAGAUCAGCGACGAUGAGGACAACCUGCCGUUUCGCUGCUUCAUAUGUCGCGAGUCUUUCAAAGAGCCGGUCGUCACGAAGUGUAAACACUACUUCUGCGAAGGCUGUGCGUUGAAGGAGUACAAGAAAUCAAAGCGCUGCUUCGUCUGUGGUGUGCAAACUCACGGAGUAUUCAAUGUCGCCAAAGAGCUCAUCGACAAACUCAAGGGGUCUGAGUCUAAACAGAACGUGAGCAGUGACGGUGAUGGAGAGGAUGUGUGACGAUUGAACAGCGGAUGGCGACGUGACUGAUGGGGGUUAUGAAUUGUGAUGAAUGUCAUUGAACGAGGUUUAAGGCUUGUCGCGCAUCCUGUACUGAUGUUAGAUGUUGUCACAGAGGCCUGGUGUCGGGGUCAUUUACCAUCAGACAUCAGUGCUGCACGGUUUGUUUGU